AUGUUUAGGAGAUCACCAAGAAUAAGUAAGAAUAAUGAAGAUCAAAUUGUCUCGCAAGAGAGUAAGCAAGAUAAAGAAACAAAACGAAAUGCAAAGAACAAUAAAAUGACAGUUGAAAAAGAGGCAACAAGAAAGAGGAAGAACAAGAGUGAAAAUGAAGUAACACAAAGAAAGGUGAAACACAAGAAGACAGUUGAGGAAAAACCAGAAGAGAAGAUAGCUGAGGAAAAAUAUGAAUCACAAUCCGAAGAAGAAGCGCAAGCAGAAUUAGAUGAAGAUGAUAAAGAGUCGGAAGAAGAGGAAAAACGAGCAAAAAAGAGCAAACUGAAGAAAGUCAUCAAAGCAAAAGGGAAGGUGAAAAACAAGAAGGUAAUUGAGGAUGAUUCAGAAGAAACGGAAUCAGAAUCAGAUGAAGAAGAGAAAGAACAAUCAGAUGAAGAUGAUCAAGAGUCGUCAUUGGAAGAAGAGGAAGAGAAAGAUGAGUUGCAAAAAAGGGCAAACCAGAUAAAGAGCUCAAAGCUGAUGAUGAGUGCAUUCAAUAAAGAAACCUUAAAGUUCAAAUUUGGAAAAUCCGAAGAGUGCGGAAUCAAACCAAGAGAUUUCUCUUUCAUAUUUAAGAUGAGAAGGCUUAUAGAGAGUGAAGAAUUGCAGCAGCAACUGAAACCAAAGAAAGGACUUGACUACAGUGUUUUCUUGAAUAAAAAGUUCAGACCAGAAAAGCCGGUAGAUUGUGCAGAUCCAAUAACGAAAGCGGAAGUUGUACACAAACUGAAAAUUUCAGCAGAAGAUGAGUCUGAUCCGGAACAUUUUGUGAAAAUUUUUGCUAUGUGUUUGUGUACAAUUUUCUUAUUCCCAAACACUGGAACUACAAGCUUCCCAAAGAAAUUGUUGCCUCAUAUUUUACUGAUGGAUAAAGUGUCAUGGCCGGAUCACGUUGUAGAACACUUGAAUUCGAACUUGGCAAAUAAGAAAGAGAAACAAGUAACUGUCGUUGGAUGCACAACUCUCCUAGUGUGUCGGUUCUGCGAACAUACAAAAAAUUACAUCAGCAAAAGGGAUAGUUUCGAAAAUGCAACUCCUAGAUUCCUACGAUGGGACCAGUACACAUUGUGCAAGAAGCUUGUAACUGAUUUCGGCAAAAAAAAUCUCAAAGACGAAGAUCGAUAUGACUUGGUUCAAGCCUGA